AGUCAGAUUUGCGAAAGUUUUCCGAGCACAUAACACAGGAUUUUCGUGGAUUUUAUAGUGAUAACUGCGUUUCCCCCGCCUGAAAAUGAAUAAAAUAGUGACCACAUUGCUGAGAAGAGCUCCCGUUGGUUGGUGGACGACCAAUAGCCAUGCUUACAGCUACCGCAGCGAUCUUGCGUUGGACACGAUCUACCCGAGCAGCAACCUUCGUCUCUACACGCCAGCACCGCCAGCGGCCAAACCCGAUGGUUCUUUCAAUGGUUACAUACCGAUGAACAAGCUGAACAUCACGUACAGUCGGAGCAGCGGUCCGGGAGGGCAAAACGUAAAUACCGUCAGCACGAAGGUGGACAUACGAUUCCAUCUAGAAUCAGCAUCUUGGUUACCGGAGGCCACUCGCAAACGGCUGGCUGAGCUGCAAAAGGGCCGCAUCACGAAGGACGGGUUUUUGGUUAUCAAAAGCGAGCUGACGCGGUCGCAACAGAUGAAUACCGCGGAUGCUUUGGAAAGGCUGCGUAGCUUCAUACGCCAAGCAGAGCAACCUCUAUCGGCUGAACCUUCCCCCGAGACGGAAGAGAUGCUGCGCCGCCGGCACGAGAAAGCAACCCGGGAACGUCUGGCGAUUAAACGGAAUCGAUCCAACACAAAGGCACAGCGUCAAGCACCAUUAGUGUAGAAGCACCGGGAGCGAUCGUAAAUACAGCAUAGUGUGUUAAAUUGUAA